AUGGCCACACCUAUGGAUGUUGACAAACAAAAAAAAAGCAGCGACUCUUCGGGUAUACAGACUAAACCCAGAAUACAUUUUGGUAGUCUGGAAGAAACGGAAAGACAAAGGACGAAAAGUCUAAACGCUGAAGAGUCUAGUGGAGUCUCGUUUGAAGAUCUGACUGAAAAUACAGAAUACGAGCUCCCCGAAUCAUUAAGGAAAGUCCGAGAUGAUCAUCAAGCCAUUCUGGAUGAAUUUGAACGUAAAAAACGUGCAAGGACCUUGGCUGUGCCAACUGAUGAUGGUCGUGUACGAGCUCGAUUGAAGGAACUUGGUGAACCACAGUGUCUAUUUGGUGAAGGGCCGGGUGAUAGAAGGGAUCGUCUCAGGUACUUACUUUCUAAGAUGGAAGGAACGGAAGUAAUUCAAGACGAUGAAAGCAGUCUAUCGGAAUCGGAGGAGGAGAAAGAGGAAGAAUUCUAUACACUUGGAACGCAGGAGUUGUUAGAAGCUCGUCGAUGGAUUGCUAGAUAUUCACUCCCUAGAGCACGCGAUAGGUUGAAAUAUCAGAGAAUUGAUUAUGAAGUGCCAUUGCCGCAAUUAAAGUCGUCUUACGCAAAUUUCAGUUCUCAGAUCGGUGAUGAUCGACCGACUUCACAAUGUGUCUUCUCGCCCAAUAACCAAAUUGUAGCAACUGGGUCAUGGUCCGGACUAUGUCGAUUGUGGAAAGUCCCUAGUUGUGAGGCGAUUAUCAGUUUUCGGGGUGCGUAUAAGAAUCUUCGUAUUGUAUUCACGAUACGAUCAGCCUUUGGCCGCAAUGAGUUUUAUUGCCAUACUGACAGAGUAGGAGGAAUUGCAUGGAAUCCAGAGAGUACGCUCUCUCUGAGUUCAAGCGUUGUGAAUUUGGCAUCUGGUGGUGCUGAUAGCUUUAUCUAUCUUUGGAGUUUGGAUAAAGAUACGCCGAUUGGCGCUCUACAAGGGCAUAUUGCUAGAAUCGCAAAAAUUGAUUUUCAUCCAAGUGGAAGAUUUAUUGCUUCUGCUAGUUUUGAUGCCACAUGGCGAUUAUGGGAUGUCGAAACAACAGCUGAGCUGCUACUUCAAGAGGGACAUUCGAGAGAAGUAUAUGCGAUAAAGUUUCAAAAUGAUGGGGCUUUGGUUGCCACUGGGGGUCUGGAUGCAAUAGGACGCGUAUGGGAUCUUCGUACAGGGAGAUCAGCAAUGGUACUGGAAGGGCAUGUAAAAGAUAUUCUAGGGGUUGAUUUCUCACCAAAUGGCUAUCAAGUAGCAACAGGAAGUGCUGACAAUUCGGUCAGAAUAUGGGAUAUCCGCACUCUACGAUGUGUAUACGUUAUUCCUGCUCACAAAUCUCUUUGCUCCGAUGUUAAGUUUUUCCAUGCAUCUUCUCUUUCCCAAUCUCUUCCAUCAUCGAAUAAUAAUGGAGUAAGGCCUUCAUUAUCGGGAUUGUAUUUGGUUACUGGCGGAUACGAUGGCUUGGUCAAUAUCUGGUCAGCUGAUGAUUGGCAGUUGUUAAAGAGUUUGGCUGGACAUGAUGGAAAAGUUAUGGCAGUCGAUAUUUCUGGAGAUAAUAAGUUCAUCGUCUCAUCUGGAUUCGACCGUACGUUUAAGUUGUGGGCUAAUGAAAAUAUUCCCAUCUAA